GGGGGGAGGGGGCGGGGCGGAGUGGGAGUCGGUUAAAGUUCAAGCGCAAAGAGCCGCCGGCUUCGUUCAUCCAGCGGUCCGUUGAGCGAGGAGCUGCUGCUUGUUGCUGCCAUGGCCGCCUUAGUGAAGAAGAUCAUCAGCACCGCGAAGGCUCCGGCUGCCAUGGGCCCUUACAGGUAAGGGCAGCGUCCCUCCUCUGUACGUGGACUGCAGUUCACCUGCGGGACUCGCUGCCACAAGAUGGGCAGAUGCCAGCGGCUUUAGAAAAGGAAGCGGGGGGCGGGGGAGGUUUCCAAGGAAAUCGCUGGAGGAAUCAAGAAUGGCCACUAGUCACUAUGGCUAAAUAUUCCAGGAGCAGAGAGAGGCAUCAUAUGUCUCUGAAUACAGUGGUUACUUGCUGGGGGGGGGGGUUUGCUAGGCUCUGCAAGUGUGUGAAAAAUUCAGGAAGUAAGGCAAAGAGCUUCAAAUCGCCCCAAAUCUGGAAAGGGCUGCUGUAUGUUUGGAAGAAAGCACUUCUUCACCCAGCUCGUGGUAAAACUAUGGAACUCCUUCCUGCAGAGACGCAGUGAUGCCCACCAACUUGGAUGAGAUGGAUUAAUGGAUAAGGCUUGCCAAUGGCUACUGGCCAUGAUGGCUAUGCUCUGCCUUAAUGGCCGAGGGCAGGGUAUCUGUUGCUAGAAGGGUCCUGCUUGGAUGGUGAAUCAGAGGGGCCUUUGGUGGUGGAACACUUGCAUUGUAUGCAGAAGGACCCAGGGUCAAUCUCUGCUGCAGAUAUCAGGUGAUGGGAAUGACCUGUAGCCUGAAACCCAGAGAGCCACUGUCACUUGGAGUAGUCAGACAAAUAGUCUGUCUUGGUAUUUGGCAAUUUCCAGUGUUCUUAAGUGCAUUGUUAACUUGCUGUGCCCCAAAAUGUGAGGGGAGAUGUACUUAUUAUUGUUGUUGUUGUUGUUGUUGUUGUUGUUGUUGUUGUUGUUGUUAACAACAUAAUAUUUGCAUGUUUACAGCCAGAUCAAUUGCUUGUGUAAAGGAGUAAUACUUUAAAAAAACCUCAGUUCAGCCAAAAAAGGAAUUGGUUGAAAGUAUUAUAUUCACAUAUGUGAAUACCCCAGAUGGGUGGGGUAUAAAUAAUAAAUCAUUAUUAUUAUUCACUGAGUUCAAUACUUCAGUUGUAGUCCUGGGUAGAGCGCCGUCUUUAACUAAAAAUAUUACUUCCUUUUACCAACCUGUAAAAAUGCAUGAUGAUAGCUUUUUCUGGCCUCUGGAAAAUUUCGCUCAGGGUGACACCUCAGUUUGGCAUUCUUUUCUUUUUUUUAACCACCUCCCUGUUGAGGGAUGAGGGAGCUACUAAUCCUUUCAAUUUUUAAUAAGGAUGUGAAGAACUUUAAUACAUUUCAAAUUUAUUCAUAAGGCAACCAGAGGCAGGUUGUCAUCAAAACCUGAAUAUAUGUAAAGUUUAUUGAACUCCUCAAAUGGAAAACGCUGUCCUACGCUAAGCUGUCGUAGUAAUCUGUCCAUUGAGUAAGAGCUGGUUUGCCAUUACUGCACUUUUUAAUCAUUAACGAAGAAGCUAGCUAGACUAAAAGUUUAAUUAGUGUAAAAUGAAAAAGGCCAAGGAGUCUCUCUUCAAGGCUAAGUCUGGAGUAAACUGAUAUACCUGAAGAAGGCAUGUUAAUAAUCUUUAAUGAGACUUCAAUAUUGCAAAAGAUAUUUUCUUCCCCAAUAAUAAGAGCUGCGGUCAGCUUUGGUUUCUUAGUUUGUAGUUUCUGUUCUUCACACACUUCAGCAUCUGCAAGUAAAGCUAUUCUCUUGCAUCAAGCAAGACACCAGUUGUAGAAUGUGUCAUGUUCAUAAUGUACAUACUCUGAGGUGGUCCUGUUCCUAAGUUGUGGUGUUGUUUAGUCGUUUAGUCGUGUCUGACUCUUCGUGACCCCAUGGACCAGAGCACGCCAGGCACUCCUGUCUUCCACUGCCUCCCGCAGUUUGGUCAAACUCAUGCUGGUUGCUUCGAGAACACUGUCCAACCAUCUCGUCCUGUCAUCCCCUUCUCCUUUUGCCCUCCAUCUUUCCCAACAUCAGGGUCUUUUCCAGGGAGUCUUCUCUUCUCAUGAGGUGGCCAAAGUACUGGAGCCUCAGCUUCAGGAUCUGUCCUUCCAGUGAGUACUCGGGGCUGAUUUCCUUAAGAAUGGAUAGGUUUGAUAUUCUUGCAGUCCAUGGGACUCUCAAGAACAUCCUCCAACACCAUAAUUCAAAAGCAUCAAUUCUUUGGCGAUCAGCCUUCUUGAUGGUCCAGCUCUCACUUCCAUACAUCACUACUGGGAAAACCAUAGCUUUAACUAUAUGGACCUUUGUUGGCAAGGUGAUGUCUCUGCUUUUUAAGAUGUUCCUAGGUUGUAGUCUGCCAUUAAUAAUAGGUUUGGGUCCAUAUCUGAAUCCAGACCCAGAUGAAGGCCUCUUUCCCCUGUAACACACAGUGGCAAUGAGUUUGCAUCCAAUCUUAAAAAUGGAAAGUGUAAUGCUGGUGGUUAACAAAAGAGGUUUAAAGACUGUCUCAAGGAAAACCUUUAAAAAUAUAGUAUAAACUCUGACAACUGGGAAACACGAGCGCUCUAAUUGGAGAACAGCCUUUACCAAAGGGUCAUGGGCUUUGAAGACGCUCAAACUCAGGACGCAAGGGAGAAACGUGCUAAGAAGGCGGCACUUUUGGCAAACCCUCAUCAUGAUCAACUCCCGCCUGGAAACCCAUGUCCCCACUGUGGAAGGAUGUGUGGAUCCAGACCUGGCCUCCACGGUCACUUACGGACUCACCGUUAAAACCGUGUUCAUGGAAGACAAUCUUACUCGGCUACGAGUGAUCGCCAAAGAAGGAGGUUGCUGGUGGGUGGGGGGUGCAUGUCAUGGUCUGGUUGUGGCCUGGAUAUGGUCAGUGAGCAUGGAAUGCUGACCUACUGGGGGAAAGCUGUUUGUUGGGAGGGGUGUAGAGAGAAAUUGAAUGCUCCUUGAAAAACACUGUAGAACCCUGAAUAGGAGCACUCUACAUUUAAUGGUUGGUUUCAUCUACAUAUGCUGAACAAUGUUGAGCAGCGGUAAUGGGUAGAAAGUAGAAGAAUAAGGCACAAGGAGGGGGUGACUUCUAAAGUUCUUAGGGAAAAAAGCUCAUCAUGUACUCAUCAAUGGAAGGGAUUUUUAUCCUUUUGUGUCAUGCACUUGGCUUUGUUUACCAACUUGUAACCAUUAGUCUAAUUUUUAAUGUUCUGCCCCGAACAGCAGAAAGGUUGGUCCCAGGCUAAGCUUGUAUCAUUUUAGCUUGUUUGAAGGUGUUCCCAUUUAUAAUUGAGUGUUGCAAUCUACUGUUCCAAAUUAGUUGGCUAGCGCACCAUGUAUUUAGGAGAGGCCAAUGUUCACUGAGUUGCAUGUUAAGGGAACGUGGAGGGUGGUGUCCUUGAGCAUUAAAUUUGUGCUGAAACAAUGCAGUUAAGCGCUUUUUAAAAUUUCUUGGGUGUCUCCAUCGUAUACUGAAACUUGCAGAUUAUGUGGUGGUGGUUCAUGGAUUUCUGUCACUCUGACUGAAAAAGUGUGGUGAUAUGGUUCUCUCAGCCUGAGUGUUCUUAGAAUUGGUGUAGGAAUUGGAGUAACCAGCAGAGCAUUAGAUUAGAAUAUUUGCAACUGCACUGGUUCCACCAAAUAAGAAACUUUUAAGCCUUAGAAGGGGAAAAGAAAACUUGAAAUCACAUUUAUAAUCUGUGGCAGAUUGCUGCUUUCUGCUUGGUUGUUUGCCAGGUAGCAGUCGUUAUUGGCACCAACUGAACAGGCAUGUAACUGCCAUAAAGCUGUGUGACCCAGCAUACUAUAGCAAAACCUACCUUGAUGAAUCUUUUUAUAUCUUGUCCAGCAUACAAUAUCUGUACCAAUAACAACAGCAUUUCAUAAAACACAAUUGGUCUCGUAAAAUACCAAUAAAGACAAUAUGCAAUGCAACCUUGAGUAAACUGCAACAAUGCUAAUGUCCAAAGCCCUGAGUGAACAGCCUUUGUGUUUUAAUCUGGCGGCUGACUGUCUGCAGUGUAAGUGCCUGCUGAAUCAUUAUGAUUAUUAAUUAAAUAUCUUUGUUACUUACCAUUAGUUUCUUUGGCUUCCAUCCAAUACUGUAAGUCUCACUGAAUUCAAUGGGACUUACGUCUGAGUAAGGUGUGCCUAAGAUUGCAUCAUGAGUUGAUUUGGAAAGAGAGCUUUAUGGCUGCUUAGUUGUAACCUGCAAGUUUCUAGUACUUCAUGUGGAUCAAAACUACAUGUUAUGUGCCGUUGUCUGUAACUGUAGCCUGAUUUUUUAGAUUAAAUGGGAAGCAUUCACAGGGCGCUGUAAUCUUGAGCAGAGCAUUGGGGGAAGAUCCAUCUUUCCUCAAACCAUUCUCCCACUCAAAAUCCCCCUCCCCUUGCCUUUUUCUCCCUUUGGAUCAGGAUUUCUUAGCAGCUGGACAAAGUUAUAUUGUAUUACAUGAGAAUUUAGAAUACUGUAGCUAACUUCAGGACAGGACGAAGAGCAAGAUCUUUCUACCGCCCAGAAGACCUAGAUGUACUGAUGCUUAUGUUGAGGAUUAAGUCAAGCUAGACUUGUUGGAGACGUUUCUGUUCAUUCAGACAUUUUCAAUAACUCAUGCAGACUGGUCCUUCACGGGUUUUAAUUAAAUCAAAAUGUUUUAACUUUGAGGUCAGGUUUUGUUUUUUUGUUGAAUUUGUAUUGCUUUGGGUUUAAUGGCUCUCUUUUAUUUUGUAUUUUUGGGGUUGUUGUUUUUUACUUGUUCAUUAUAAUCCACCCAGAGAAAUUUAUGCUGUGGAGCUGCAUGCAAACGAAAUAAAUAAAUAAAUAAAGCAAGCAAGCAAGCAAGCAAGCAAGCAAGCAAGCAAGCUCAUGUCUAAGUUAUGAAUGGGAAAUCUUUGGGAAACCAAAAUAAAAUACUUUAAGAUAGCAAAAAAGCAAAUCUCUUUCUUUUUCUUGUUUUCUCUCUUCUCUACUGCUGAACCUUAGCCAAGCAGUGUUGGUAGACAGGACCAUGUAUAUCGCAGGGCAACUAGGCCUGGAUCCCUCAAAUGGACAAUUUGUACCUGGAGGAACAAAGGAACAAGCCAAACAGGUGAAACACCGUUAUUAUUCUGACAAUGAGUUUGAUGUCAUUAUUCAUGUAGCAUAAAUUAAAUCUUAAGGGCAUGUCUGCAAGGCUCAAAACAGAAGAUCAGAUGUACUGUUUCAACGUGUCCAGUCCUGGGGGGCUGGGUCCCACUUAACCACAUAGCUGCCAGGGACCAUUGAAGAUUUUGGUGCCCUGCACCGAGGGAUACUGGAUGAAAGAGUGCCCACGCUUUUCAGGACCCUUUUGGGUUACAGUGCUGAGUAGGAGCACACGUUCUGGGCCCCUAUUUUGGGAAUGGGGAAGGCCAUAGCUCAGUGGUAGAGCAUCUGUAAAACAUCCUAGGAACAACCCCCAGCAUCUCUCUGCAGGGCUGGGAGAGACCCCUGUCUGAAAUCCCAGAGAACCACUGCCAGUCAGUGUAGACAGAUGGUCUGACAUCGGCCCUGUGUGACAACCAGCUGCCAAAAACAUUUCCAUGUGAUUUGCAUUAAUUUUUUUAAACAGUUGCAUUUUAUUUAUAUUGGUGGUUUUGCUAUUUUAUUAUUCUAUCUAUUUAACUCGCGUGCUGCCUGGAGGCUGAUUGCAACAGGUAGUAUAUAUUUAUUUAUUUGUAUAAAUAAAUAACUGACUAAAAUCCCAAGGUUCUUGUGCACAUAGUUGCCACUGCAGAGAAAGCUAGUUUUCCUUACGUUUCAUUGAAAUUCAUGGAACGUAGGCUGGUUGUGACUUGACUUGUAAGCACAACUCUUUCUAGAUGAGGGCCUUGGUGAUUUAACGUUUUGCUGAAUUUUGUCAUUAUAAAUUGCUGGUUCCCACCCUGUGUUUCAUGACGUUUUAAAAUGGUGCAUAUGUUGUAACCGGCUGUGACUCCUAGGGGUGAGGUGUGCAAAUCUAAAUAAAUGACUCAAACCCAUUUUGUGUGUUUAGGCCCUUCACAAUAUUGGAGAAAUUCUGAAAGCUGCUGGCUGUGACUAUGACAAUGGUGAGUAGAAGCUAUGCUAAAUGAGUUACUCCUGAAUUAUCUUACCUUGAAUUGGACAGGAAAAGGAAGUGUCUCUACCUUGUGAGAGACAAUGACAGAGGUGGGGCUGCUGUGAAUAUCUGCAGGGUUGGAAUCAAGAACAUUCCCUCUUCUCAUAUUUACAUGACAUCCCAUGUCCCUUUACAAAAAAAAAUUCUGGUUGAUACAAACAUCUUACUGAGCCCCCAUUUUGGUGGGUUUUAGGAUUUUGAAAGUUCUUACUAUGUCACCUUUAUUCUUCAUGUGAAAUUCUGAAUUAACAGGUACCAGCAAUCUGAACUACCUCCUGGUUACUAUUUAACAAAGUAUAAAAGGAGAAUUCCCGGGUUCCAAGAUCCAAGUUUGGGGCAAGUACUCUUUGGUGAAAAAAUCCCAGCAGAAUUUUAAAAUCACAAAAUAUGCAGCAACAAAGUAAAGCAUAGAAAUAUAGGCUGGAAACAUAGACCUUUAAAAUCUGCCCUUCCAAAGUUUCCUUCUUCCCCACGUCCAAACUCUCCAAAGGUCAGAUUCAUGAGCUUUUCAGAAAAAGUUGCACAGGCAGUAAAACUUGGCUUAGGUACAAAGUGGUGAAUGUUCCUAAAUUAUUGAUAUAGGAACUCAAGAAUGGCUGAUACGAGCCAUGCGGUUGAGCUGGAGCAACCAGCUCAAACCAUAACACAUGCUGAAAAAUUGUUGUUAUAGUUUUUUAAAGCUUGAUAAUUGGGAAUGGAGUUUAAAAUACAAUUUUCUCAUGUAUAGUGGUGAAGACUACUGUGCUGAUGGCUGACAUGAAGGACUUUGAUGAUGUGAAUGAAAUCUACAAGCAAUGUAAAUAUCGCUACAGCUCUAACGCUUGUGUACCGCCAGCUGUACAAGCAACAAUGUUUUGCCCUGUACAAAACAUGAAGCAAUGUGGUCUCCACCAAGAUGGCUUCAGCUGACAAGAGCGACACAGAAUGGAAUGAGAAAAUCCAGAUGGGGGGUGGUGGAAAGAGAAUUGUUCUGUUUUUAAUGCUCAUGCUCUUGUGAGCCCUUUUGUUUAAACAGUCUGUGAGCUGCUUUUUUUGUAAUUGUUUAUACCCAGUGCUAGGCCCAUGGACAUAACUUAGUUCCAUUAGUUUCUAUGUGUCUACUUUGAGUAGGGCUUAGUUGGAUUCCAGCCAGGCACUAUCACUAGAGGACAGCAAAGAGGAAUUACGGCCUAUUGAAAAUGUUUAUGGGCCUGGAGGGCUGAAUUUGACCCCGGCCUUGACAUACCAUGACAUACAAACAGAGCCUCUCUCAAGGACAGCUGGAUUAUACAACCUGUAUAAAUUAUGCAAAAUAGUUUUAUUUUGCUUUAGUUAAGUCAAAUGAAGAGCUUUAUGGGAUUUCAGUGCUCUGCUCCUUGAUUACUGAAAAUUCCUCUUUCUUGUAAGGCAUCACUUGGCAUUUCCCACAUAUCUGUAAGCUUUUUCUUGUCUUAAGGCUUAAAAACUUAAUACUGAUUCUACUUCCUAUGGUUGCAUAGUACAAGAAUACAGAUAGCCUGCUGUAUCAUUGGUGAAUCUAUUUACCUAACUCAGCAAGCUGCUGCAAAUGUAAGCAAAACUCCGUAUUUCAUGUUGUCAAUAUAAUCAUGGCAAUGUCUUUUUUAUUCUACUCAGUCUUCAAGUGCAACUUUCCAGCCCGAGCCGCUUACCAAGUUGCUGCUCUGCCAAAAGUAAGUGCUGUUCUAUUUCUACAAAACAGCUUCUAUACGAUUUCUUGCAGAUAGAACUGCUAAAAUUAUUUAGACACAAGGACUUUAAAAACUUAACUUACCAGUAAUUUUGAGAAUUUACAGAAAGGAGCAGGAUAUGACUGAGAAGCAAGCCCCAUUGAGUUGAGUGGGUUUACUCCCAAGUAAGGGCAUAUAGGAUUUCAGUUUAAGAGUCUUUUAGCACCUUAAAGACCAAUAGACUUAUUGCGACAUUAGCUUUCAUAGACUAGAGCACAUGUUUAGAAGACAUAAAGUGUAAUCCUAAAUGGAUUGUUUAGAGCCAAACAAGCAUGAAACUUAAGAGACUGUGUGUGACAACUCCAUGUGAAGCUUAACGUAUUCAAGAUAUGCUUUGUGACCAUUUAUAAUAGCACUAUCAGGUGUCGUUGUGAAUGGCUGCAGUGCUUGUAUACAUUUAAGCUUUGCAUAGAAUUCUCAUAGACAACAGCACCUCUCACAUUUUUACAGCUUUUACGUGGCAUGAAGGGCUGCAAAUCUUAUACAUGCCCCCUCCAGCAAGUGGAAGUGCUUUCUAUUACACAGAAGCCACCAUUGGAGUCUAAGGAGGAUUAAAUUGGAAUGGACACAAAGCUGUGGGGUGCAGAAGACGCCUGCACUGAUUUUAUAAUGCAGUUGUUUGACAUCGGCCCAGGACCCACAUACCUACGGGACCGUCUCUCCUGGUAUGCCCUGCGGAGGACCUUAAAGUCCACAAAUGACAACACUUUGGAGGUCCCAAGUAGCAAGGUGGUUAGAUUGGUCUCAACUAGGGCCAGGGCCUUUUCAUUACUGGCCCCGACUUGGUGGAACACUCUGUAACAGGAGACUAGGGCCCUGCGGGACUUGACAUCUUUCUGCAGGGCUUGCAAGACAGAGCUGUUCUGCCUGGCCUUUGGUUUGGACUCAGUCUGAUCCUUAUUUCCCUCCCCUAAUGGUUUUGAUCUAUGGGCUACUUUUAAAAUGAGGCUGCAUUUUAACCUGUAUUUUAAAUUGGUGGGUUUUUUUCUAUUAUGUUUUUAUUGUAAUUUUACUGGUGUUAGCCGUCCUGAGCCUGGCUCGGGCGGGGUAUAAAUAAAAUUUAUUAUUAUCUUCCCUACAGGGUGCUCGUGUGGAGAUUGAAGCUAUUGCCAUCACUGGACCUCUGCAAGAUGCCCCACCACGACUAUAAAUUUAGUUGUUCUUGGUAUUUCCUUUCCACAGGAUCAGGAAUGAUUUGUGUAGGGAGUUCAGUUCUGACACUGGCUUCAUAUAAUGUAGUCAAAUUCAGGACUGGGAUCCUACAUGAAUUCUUCUGGCAAAGAUCCUCCUCCCGCAUCCCCUUUCUACUGUGCCAUAAAUGCUCUGAGCCCUUGCAGGAUUUGGUACACAUGAAGCUCAUUAAAGAUCUGAAUACUUGGGUACAUCUUGGCCCUUGAAGUAGUAUUUUGAGGGAGACUGUGAAAUAGUUUAUAGAAAAAAUUAAUGUAGAUUAAUUCCGUAGUGAUUAGAAGCCAAGAUAGCAUUCUUGCUAUGCACUACAUUAAGCAACCCUACCCAUAAAAAUGUUUGACGGAAAGACUAUGAUGGAUUCUUUCGGAAUACUGUAUUGGAGGUGGAGGUUAACUUUAGAUUUAGCCACUUUGAAAAACAUAGUCUUGGACUUCUGUCCUGACCCCAUCUGACUUACUAAACAACCUAAUGUUGAUGCCAAUUUUAUACUGAGAGGAUCUUUUGAGGUGUUUUGUAUUUUUAAAUAACAUUACCUUCAAAAAUAGCUAAUUUUAAUUAACUUUGUGGUUGUGGGGGUGUUACAUAAUAAACCAGUUGCAUAAAGUAUCAGAUUUAGACUUGUUUCUUCAUUCAUAAAUAAAAGUGUUUGGGUGUUUAAAUUGGACCUUCUAUUCCUAAAAAUACCACACAGAAAUAGGCAGCAGUGAAGGCCAAGUAGGUCUUGAUGGGGCCCUAAGCUGCUGAAGGCCAAGUAGGACCGAAUUGCAUCGCAAUUCGGUCAUUCACAGUGACACUUCCAAGCCAAAUUAUAUAUUUAUAGCCUUAAGAAUUACGGUACCUCUGUAGGAACCAGUUACACAAACCAAGCAUGGAAUACAGGUGUGAGAAGAAUUUAAGGAGCUUUUUUGAGCACUCCAUAUUACCUGCACUUAGUGUGGGACAUGUGCUCUUUGUACAUGUGCUGAGGCAAAUGCAUUAAAAAUGGCAAUAAACUAUUUUCUUCCUGUAAUUAUUUAACUCUGAAGACUAAAUGGGCAGAUAGUCCCUUCCAUCACAAACAUGCAAUCCAGCUUUUAAGACUACUUCACCAGACUGAACCCAUUUGGAGAGAGGAAAAUAAUGUAUGUACCGGUGGCAACAGAAGAGUGUCUUGGUGCUGCCAUUAUGAAAGUUGUAGGCAAAAUAUUUUAGUAUGUAUGUGCCUAGAAGUGUGAGUGGCCUGAAUACCCCACACUAAAGCUUUUACAUAGAAGUAUUGCCUGAGUAAUAGGGAUGCGGGUGGUGCUGUGGGUUAAACCACAGAGCCUUGGACUCUCCGAUCAGAAGGUCGGCUGUUCGAAUCCCCGCAAUGGGGUGAGCUCCCGUUGCUCGGUCCCUGCUCCUGCCAACCUAGCAGUUCAAAAGCACGUCAAAGUGCAAGUAGAUAAAUAGGUACCACUCCGGCGGGAAGGUAAACGCCGUUUCUGUGCACUGCUCUGGUUCUCCAGAAGCGGCUUAGUCAUGCUGACCACAUAACCCGGAAGCUGUACACCGGCUCCCUCGGCCAAUAAAGCGAGAUGAGCGCCGCAACCCCAGAGUCGGCCACGACUGGACCUAAUGGUCAGGGGUCCCUUUACCUUUUUAUUGCCUGAGUAGAAGGAUAAAAUUAUCUGUCACAGCACUACACUGUUCAGCAUUUUCAAAAGCUAAUGGUAUGUUACCAAGAUCUAUCUAAAAAGCCCCUUAACAGGCCUCCCAGGACUGGGUGAGCUUGCUUUGCCUCUGAGGUGUGGGGUAUAAAUGCCUCCUCUGUAGGAAUCCUUGCUUUCUACCUCACCUGAGGCAAACAGGCAGCCCAAUUAAUGGAUACCUUCAAACUCUUAUAUGCACCUAUUCCUUCCUUCCAGGAGAUAUGAUAAAUACCCACCUAGAUUAAAGGAGUAAAGCUUGUCAAUUGCUAUUCUGUGGUGCAUAACAAGUACACAGAGCAGACUACUUCCCAAACCAAUAAAAGUGAUACUGAUUGCAAACUCCAGCAGAGUUUCAGGAGCAUCCUAGUAUAGGAACAGCAGGACUUACCAUGCUAAUACCUCUCAAAAAUAAGUUAUCCAUCAAGUCAUGGACACUGAUAGCAUGUAAGUUACAUGGUCCUUACAAAAGGAAAUGUAUUGCAAGUGGUUUUUGUUUCCGAAGGUAAAGAUGUGAAACACACAAUACAUAAGCCUAUCGAUAUUAGAAUAGAGAAUUAGUUUUCAUGCAGACAUUCCAUAAAUGCUUUAUUUCAGUGUUAAAAUUACCAUUUUAUAGACUACAUGAGGCACAAAUCCCAACCAUUAUCAAGUAUACCCCGGCAUAAAACAAAGGUUUCCUGGUUCAGACAUAAGGUGGGUGAAGAUCAGCUCUGCUCAAGUUUACCCAACUUCUCAAAAAUAUGCAACCAAUAGAUUCACACUAAACGUCUGCAAAGUUCUUGCUUUUUAUGUGAAAUUAUUUUCUCUCAGCUGUAAGAUUUGCACUUCAACGUUUCUCUUUGAAAAAGACUGAAGGGUUCACUUUUCAUAAUUACUAUCAAAUAACAGGUUUAUAAAGGCAAAUAGAAUUCAUAUACACUUUGGGGGGAAAUCUAUAAAGUGUUCUAGAAGUACACAUAAUUACACACUAGAGGCAGCAAUUCAUUUGGUUUAUACUUUUACUUUAGUGUGUGUUUUCAGGAAUUGAUUAGAAUUUUACAGAUUUAAAAUUUAACAUUUUCAUUUUAACAGAAGUGCUACCACCACAAUACAGUAACAGUGUAUGUUGCUGUUGUGCUUAUCAGUAAUUUCUUACUAGAGUGUACAGAAUUGCUUGUUUUGUCAACAGGUGACAACAGUUAUCCUGUGCUUUCAAAGUGCUUUCAAAGUGCCAUAAUUACAGGCUAGCUCUCAUCCCCUGAGUGCUGGAUUGCAGUGACUACCUUCAUUAGUUUAAAAAAACAAGGCAUGAAUUGAUGCAUCUUUCCAGAUUGAACCAAAGCAGCAAUAUUACGCUCCAAUAUCCAUACUUGUUUUAUGUAACAAAAUUCACUUAAGAGUUGUACUGGUAGAGUUAAAAAAAAACCUCAUGGCUGCAACAUUAUUACUAGAACCUAACCAUGCUCAGACACUUUCAUAUCUAGCGCUUGGAGAAUCUCCAUGCACCCAGUUCUAUUAUUUUUUUUAAAACUGAAAUACAGUAGAUGAAGUUCUUGAUUUGCAACACAUGAUUUCACUUAAAUGGAAGUUUCCAGAAGGCACUCUAUGGCAAACAUGAAAGGUUAACACACUGCAAUUCCUCAGUGUCUUGGCAACUUGACUCCCCAAAAUAAAAUCAUUAAAAUGGUUUCUCCCCUAGUGCUCAGAAGUGACAAGUCCAUACAAGCUUCUAUAAAAAACCAGAUUAUACCAGUGCUAAUAUUAUUUGAGCAGCCGAAGAUGAAGUCCAGGCAGAAGCCACGAGUCACUCUUCAUUAUUUGUAGCUUCUGCAAUAUAAAACAAAAACAAAACCUAAAAUUUUAAAAGUGGCAAUGACUUUCAGACAAAUAUAUUCUAGGAACAGUUCUUUGAAAGGAAGUCAUCUGUAUGAAUCAUAUGAAGAAGCUUCUGCUGCUUAUAUUUAGCAUGUCAGAACAAUGCAAGUAAGGCAGUAAAGCUUAAAGUGGAUUAUUGGGAAGAAUCAGAUCUGAUGAAAAUGGUGAUCCUUUCUUUACUGGAAAUAAUUGGAUAUUAAAUUUAUAAAGGCCGGAGAACCUUUUUCAGCCUGAUGGCUGCAUUCCCUUCUGGGCAACUAGGGGCAGGGGGCACAUGCUAGGCCAGAUGCCAGGCCAGGACAGAAGCAGUAGUAGUCAGAGCAAACAAUAUAAAUUUUACCUUUGUACAGUAGGCUACUUUCUGCACAUGCUUGUAUACGCCUUUCUAUCCUCAAUCCAGGCUAGCAAGUAGUUUUUAUUACAGUUGAAGGACACGUUCCAGCAAGGCAAAAAAUACUUGAGGGUGGUACAAAACAUGGCUGGAGGGAGGUGUGGCCUGGGAACAUUUCCCAGGCCUGAGCUUCCCCACCCUGGUCCGUAAAUACAUACUGUAUUGACUUCCAGCAUCACACAGCAGCUAAAGAAAAGCCAAAUGGGAGUGCUUAGCACACUGGAGGAUUGAAAGGAGCAUGUACAGAAAGGUCCGUAAAACAAGACAAAGCCGCCUGAGCCUCUGUUGACCAGUACUAGGGCUACCUGAUGCAAAGUGUCGCCAUAUGAUAAACCAUUUAAAGUUCACACUUGUUGAGUCAUCUUUUGCUUCAAAUUGAUUUGAGAAAGCAGAUUCAAUUAAAGAAAAGAAAUCUUGACACUGGUAAUUUGAGUUUGCAAAGAGUGAGCAAUGUGGGAAAGGGGAGGAUUCCAACUAUUUCUUAUUUGUAAUUCUGCACGACUCAAAACAGCAAGUUACUAAAUAUAUAUACGUGUGUGAGAGAACUAGGAAGACAAAACACAGCUAUCUUUUCAUGGGCAUAUUUAUGCACAGGCAAUUCCUCUUCCCACUAUAAGAAAUUCCACUAAUUAUAUCAAGCAUUUCUCCUGGGUGCUAUGAUGAGCUUUUAAUUGCAGACCCUGGUUUCCAAAGUAGUAGGGGGCCUUCAGUUUCACAGAAAGGAAAUCUCCACCAUCAAUUAAGAUUGAGGGAAAUUAAAGUGCUGUAAUGUUAGAUCUGGCCUGAGCGAUGAACCCUUUUGCCUGCCUUUUCAUUUGUUCUUUUGUCUCUAGUCAAAACCUGUACUUUGUUUUGUCCAGUGAGUGAGCUUCUGAACCCUACCCAUUCCUCACCUAUUAUAACAGAAAUCCGAGAAUGGGAAAUCCCAGAGCCAUGGUAGCAAUCUGAUCAUCAUCAAAAUGUGUUUGGCAAAUAGUAACUAUGGAAUUAAAUGUGUAUAAUU